ACACUGGAUUGUGAUUCUUUCUGAAUUCAAGAUGCCGCCCAAGAAGGACGCAAAGUCUUCGGCGAAACAGCCCCAAAAAACCCAGAAAAAGAAGGAGGGAUCCGGUGGCGGCAAAGCCAAGAAGAAGAAGUGGUCCAAAGGAAAAGUACGUGACAAGUUAAACAACCAGGUGUUGUUCGACAAACCCACGUACGAGAAACUGUACAAGGAAGUCCCACAGUACAAGCUCAUCACGCCCGCUGUUGUCUCUGAAAGGCUAAAGGUUCGAGGCUCCCUUGCAAGGCGAGCACUCAUCGAACUUAGGGAUAAAGGCCUAAUCAAGCAGGUAGUCCAACACCACGGACAAGUGAUCUACACAAGAGCAACAAAGGGUGACGAUCCUGUGGCAUAGAAUUAUGUAUAAGUUUUAAAAAAUAAACACAAAAAAAUCUGAA